UUCAAACAAAAAACCCCAAAAGGAAAAGGAAUGGAAUAUCUAUAUAAACCCGUCAUGGGUCCUUCAAAGUUUCUCACUUUCAGCAACCCUUUCGAUAGUUUUCGACUUUGUCCUCUCGUUCUACGCAUCAAAAUGGCGAUAACAAAGAACGUGAUCAUCAGUUUCUUCAUGCUCGUGACCAUUUCUCUCUUCGUAGGAUGCGUGGGAACAACGCACAAGAUCGAGGGAUGGGCACCGGGUGUCGACUAUUACACAUGGGUCACGUCAAGACACUUCCAAGUGGGUGACUCUCUCGUCUUCGAGUACAACAAGGAUUUCCAUGACGUGACAGAAGUUGCGAGUCCUUUAGCUUUCGAGUUCUGCGACCUCUCUUCCACCAUAGCAAGAUACAAAACCGGUUAUGACGUGGUUAACCUCACACGUCCUGGUCGUUACUACUACGUCUGCGGAGCUCCUGGUCACUGUCAAGCCGGACAGAGAUUUGACAUCCUGGUCACAUCUCCCCAAGUUGUGGAGAAGUCACCUUCUUCCUUCUCUCCUUCACCCUCCGCUCCUCUGCACAGCGCUGCCUCAAGCUCUCUAUUUUCUCGGCUCGGCCUCAUCUUUCUUUUCUUGGUUCUGUUACCAUUAUUUCUUGUUUGAUCGUUUUUUAGAUUAGCCCACGAGACGUUUUUCGUUCUUUCUCCAAGCUUUUGUCUUUUUCUGUCAUUGGAUAGUGGUCUUUUGUAAUAAAGUUUGCAAUUAGUGAUAUUGUUUUUAUGA